GCAGAAUUAAAAGUCCACGAACAAGAAGUAGAAAUAAAAUUUCUAAAACAACUCCAGUUGCAGCUUUACCAGGAUCGAUAGUUGAUACUCUAGUUACUUUUAAUUCUAAGAAAGGAAGAUAUGAACGUAUAUUAAACAAAAAUGGUAAAAUAUGUAAACGAUAUCCUGAAGGAAUUUUUGUAGAACAUAUAAGUAGAAAUGGAGGAUUUUGGAAAAAUAUAAUUUAUUCUUCUAUAUUACAAGAAGUUGCAGAGAGUUUUGAAAAUAUAGAAUAUUAUAAUACUGAUUUAAGAAUUUUUUUUAAAUAUAUUAAUUGUAAACAGUAUUUUUUAAAAUCUAAAUUAAAAAUUGAAAAAAAUAACGAUGAAGAAACUGAUGAAGAAACUGAUAGUGAUAAAGAAAUCGAAUGUUUAUGUGAAGAAAAGAAUUCUGAAUGUAAUUUUUUUGAAUGGGAAGUAGUAAGAUGCUAUUGUAAUGAAGUAGCAAAUAGAAAAAAAGUUACUAAUAUUAAUAGUAAUAAUUUAGAUC